AUGACUCUUCUCCCAGGAGAAAAUUCAGACUAUGACUACAGUGCCCUCAGCUGUGCUUCAGAAGCCUCCUUCAACCACCCUUUCUUUGCUGAAAGAGAAACUCUCAAAGGGGUCUUCUACCAAAGAGCCAAGCGUCUCCACCCUGGCAAAGACCUCUAUGAAAGUGUUUGCCCAGAAGAAAGGAAACACCAUAUCAUCAUUAACGUGGGUGGCUUUAAAUACUUGCUCCCCUGGACCACUCUUGAUGAGUUCCCCAUGACUCGCUUGGGACAGCUAAAAUUCUGCAACAAUUUUGAUGAUAUCCUCAAUAUUUGUGACGAUUAUGAUGUGACUUGCAACGAGUUCUUCUUUGAUCGCAACCCAGGAGCAUUUAGGACCAUCUUGACUUUUCUGCAGGCAGGGAAGCUCCGGCUCUUGAGGGAGAUGUGCGCCCUCUCCUUCCAGGAAGAGCUGCUUUACUGGGGCAUUGAGGAGAACAGCCUAGAGUGGUGCUGCAAGAGAAGAUACCUCCAGAAGAUGGAGGAAUUUGCAGAAAUGAACGAACCAGAGGACGAGUUCACUGAUUGCGAAAACCCCUCUGAAACAGCAGAGCCAAAAGCCAGCCGGUGCAUGAAAAGGUUACAGGACAUGGUGGAGAAGCCUCAGUCAGGUAUCCCGGGGAAAGUGUUUGCCUGUUUAUCGGUCCUCUUUGUGACAAUCACAGCAGUUAAUCUGUCUAUCAGCACCAUGCCUGGGUUACGAGAAGAAGAGGAACGCGGUGAAUGUUCUCAAAUGUGCUACAACAUUUUCAUUGUGGAAUCAGUCUGCGUCGGAUGGUUUUCCUUGGAAUUCCUCUUGAGAUUCAUCCAGGCACCAAGCAAAUUUGUGUUUCUGCGGCACCCUCUGACAUUAAUUGAUAUAAUUGCCAUCCUGCCCUAUUAUAUCACUUUGCUACUAGACAGUGCUUCAGUGAGUAGUAAUAAAAAGCCAAGCUCUGGCAACAUCUACCUGGAUAAGGUAGGCCUGGUGCUCCGUAUACUCCGUGCCUUGAGGAUUCUCUAUGUCAUGCGGCUCGCCAGGCAUUCACUAGGUCUGCAGACCCUGGGACUCACAGCUCGUAGGUGCACACGUGAAUUUGGACUAUUGCUGCUGUUCCUUUGUGUAGCCAUUGCACUUUUUGCUCCCCUCUUGUAUGUGAUUGAAAACGAGAUGGCAGACUCUCAGGAGUUCACCAGUAUCCCUGCUUGCUAUUGGUGGGCCGUUAUCACCAUGACAACAGUGGGCUACGGCGAUAUGGUACCUAGAAGCAUCCCAGGCCAAGUGGUGGCUCUGAGCAGCAUCUUGAGUGGCAUCCUUCUCAUGGCCUUUCCUGUCACUUCCAUCUUCCACACAUUUUCUCGUUCAUACAUUGAGCUAAAGCAAGAGCAAGAGAGAAUUAUGUACAGGAGGGCCCAGUUCUUAAUGAAAACCAAAUCCCAAUUAAGCAAUGCAUCACAAGGGAGCAACAUAUUUCCGAAUGUGUCUUCAGAGACCAGAGACAAUGUCUGA